UGUUUUUGAUAGUUUUGACCAACCGAAAAGAUGGCGGAUUCUUGUUUUCAACAUUGCUCGCGGUUUCGGGGCAUCGAAACACUGCAACGGUUUUAAUAUAAUCUCGUGCAUAAGUUAACAUGUUGCACGCGCAUUAACUACAACCGCAACAGACUGCCGCUGUGACAGUUCGCGUGUGUGGUUGCGUCGUUGCAACGUUUGUCGAUCGUCUUGGCGUCAUUAGAACGAACUGCCGAACGAAGCGUGCUUACGCACGAUUUUGAGUUGAGUGUUGUCUGUGCAAUUCUAACGAAGUUUCGUGAAUUUAUUGAAAGAUCAGAGUGAGAAUACAAUCGAAUCGGUAAAAUGGUCGCGCGACACCGUAGGUUUAUCUAACCCCAAUUGUGUUUACUGCAGCGACUUGUAGUAGCGCGAUUUGGUUAGGUUGCUCGGGUCAGCUCUGUAUACUUAUGAUACCGGAACGCCGUCGCGCGUGUACCUCGCGGUGGUUCACGUUACAAUGUGAUGCACUAUCAAGUUUGUGAAUUAAUGAUCAUUGAGUAACACGUUCACAAUGGCGAGCAACGAUUUUGAUAUGGAGUUCUUUGAGCAGAAGCUCCUUACACUGAAGGACUCUCAGGAGUCCAUACAAGCGCUAUCUACAUGGUGCCUAGAGAGAAGACAGCAUCACAAGAAGAUUGUUGCUACAUGGCUGCAAGUCCUGAGGAAAGUAAAAGUGGAACAUCGACUCACAUUGUUCUACUUGGCGAAUGAUGUUAUUCAAUACUCAAAACGGAAAAAUUCAGAGUUUGUGGAAUCAUGGGGCAUUACUCUGCAACGUGCAACAACCAUGGUUCGUGAUGAGAAAGUGAAGCAUCGUAUACUGAGAAUCUUUAAGAUCUGGGAUCAGCGGCAAAUUUACAGUGAAGAAUUUCUUACUGAUUUGUCUGGUUUAAUUUCGGCUGCACCAAAAAAGAGAUUAGAUCCUCAGCCAGCUACACAACCCGAUGAAUUUCAGGCAGCUCUACUGAUCUCUACAAUGAGAUCUUGUGCGACUUUAGAACAAGCGACUGAUGCUAGGUUACGAGAUCUACGAGAAAGUAAUGUAGAUAUAGAAUCUGCAGAAGAAUUAUGCGCGUCAUUAAAGGACAGAAGACGGGUGGAGGAUGCGGAGAAGGAGAUUGAUUUGGUCGUAGAAAAUGUCGAAAAUUAUGUUUAUUCGUUAGAGGCAGAGAUUAGAGAAAGGACGCAAGUGAUUGAUUUGUUGGAGCAGGCAGAUCAGUUUUAUGAAACUCAACGCGGAGAAGUUAAAAUAGUGACAAAUGCAUACCGGAAUUUUGGUAGCCGUGUGAAAAAUUUGAAGAAGAAGUUAGAUGAAUUAUUACCGACGUUUGUCUCGCCGAUACCAUCACCAGAUGUGAACGCACCCUCACCGAGUCCCGACAGUGAUAUAGAACUUCCAGGAGAUGAAACUCAAGCAACGAAUAAUCAAUCAGCAGUAAUUGAUGUAGCACCGCCGUCUCUGUAUGGUUCAUACCCUCACGAAUAUGAGCCAAUGCCAGUACCUGUACCUGUGCCUAACUUGGUACAAGGCAACGAAUCAGCAGACUUUACUAAUAAUUUCUCCUCUUUCAUGGGAGGAAACAUGGAUUUUGGUAAUAUGAGAAAUUUGUUCAAUGAAAGAUCAGCAACACCUCCUGGAAUGUCUCAACAAUAUAAUGAAUCUUUAGAGGCAAAACCGAUAGAAGUGAUCAAUAUGAGACCCUCAAAGAAUGAAAACAAUAACGCGGAUUUCAAUAUAUCUAGUUUCUUGAAAACGGUUCUUCCGACAGCCGACGGAACGCCAGAUCAGGGUGGAAUACCGGGUUUGGGCUUGGAUGUUUCUGAAAAUCAAGUGGGAUCGCCGCAACAUCCAAACUAUAGGCAUUCGCCCACGUUAGGGCAGCUUCCUGUAACGCCUGUGAUGUCUAGAAUGAUGAAUAGCCAGGGUGCACCCAUCGGCGGCUUAAAUAAUUGCCAGAUGAGUCACAGUACUCCGUUGCCAGUUCGCAAUCUGUCCGCUGAAUCACACACACCUUCUCCGUAUUCCAGUCAAAAUAGUCAGAGUAAUAUGACCGGUCCGUUUGACGGUCCCGCAAACGCCAAUACGGUGAAUCCUUUACCUCCUCCGCCUUUACCGCCGCCAAUCUUUCUCGAUGACGAGAAUUGUUACAACAAGCUACCGCCAAAAUUUCCCACAUGGACCCCACCAAACGAGACUAUGAAGGAGUCUGCCAAAUGGGACGAUAAGGCGAAUUUCGCUAUAUGUUCAGGGAAGAACAGUAUGAAUCCCGCGUGGUCCGGCGAAUGCGACGAUAAGAACAAGGGCUCGUGGAUGGACGGCGAUGGGGACAGGUGGGACUCCAAUAACGAUCCCACGUGGCCCAGCGGUGGCAGAACGAAAAGCGAAAUGCUGUCCGAGACGCCUGAAUCGCCACCUAUGUACGAAAAAGCCGGCUUUGCCGAGCCGGUGGAGUACAACGAGCCGCAACCGCAGGAAGCUCUAAAUGCUACAGGAGACGUGGAUCACAGAGUUAUUCCGAUUCCGAUGACUGUCGAGAAUCAGUUGCCAUAUCGUUUGAUGAAAGCGGCGGACGUCGAUCAUCGCAAUCUCAUCAGUCUGACAGGUAGUCCGGCGAAUCACAGCAAUCUCGGUGAUUCGUCUUUGUCUUUGCCCAAUAACAACAAUCUCUGGUCUACGGGCGAUCAAGAUUAUCGACGACAUGUACAACCGGGUGACAUUGUUGAAAGCGUUGAUAUGGAGAUGUCGGACGAUGAAUCGGAUAGCAAACCGAAGGGUAGAGUACUUGUCGACGUGAGGUCGCAGGAUCGCGAUAUGCGCAUCGGUGCCCCAUCCGGUCCCUCGUCUUCUCAUUUAGACAUGGACAUGCGCAUAAUUCCACUUCCUUCCGUACAAUUGCCUCGCGGUGGCGUGCAAGAUAUGCGCUUGAUGCAUUCGGGACCGCCGCCGCCGCCGCUGCCGCCGUUUCAGCGCCAAGAUCAGGGUGGCUUCCGGCAGGAACAGCCGGAAUUUUCCCAUCGCAAGUCGGUAGAUUUUCGCCCGAGUCAACUGAACUUCCGACAGAACAGACCGCCGUCGAAUUUUAUGCCGAAUCAACAGGACUUUCAUCCGAAUCAACAAGAAUUUCAUCAGCUUCAUCAGUUCCAGCAGGAUUUUCACCAGCUGCAGCAGCAGCAGCAGCAGCAGCAGCAGCAACAGCAACAGCAGCAGCAGCAGCAGCAGGAUUUCGAGUAUCGCGACAGAGAACACGGUAUCCGGCCUAAGCAGGAUUUUCUGACGGACUCGCCGGGACGCAGGUACUCGCAAUCCUCAGAUCAUCAGCAUCAACGCGAUAGUUCGUCUUUUCACAGAAACGAGCGAAACAACCGCUGCGGCGGCCGUGGGUUCACGAGGAACCGCAGAGACAGAUACUCGGACGAUCACAAUAUGAAGCAGCGAAAUCUAGCAAAUAACCGGAAAUCGAGGUCGCAGGAUCAGCAGCAUCAUCAGUCGCCGCCGGAAAUCUUGUCCAACAGUCGGCCGUUGCUGCAGCCACCCGACACUGUUAUUAUCCUCGAUGAAAAGGGCAUGCCGAUCGGCAUGCCAGACUUCGAUCAGGACAACAACGUGCCGCCCAACAUCGCGGAGCCUCAGGAGCACGAUUCCGAGAAUUGUCAGGGUUCCGCGAUGCCGCAGGCACGCCGAACGUCGCACGAUUCCGAGCGCAACCAGUUGCAGCAGGAUUAUCCACUGGGCCCUGAUCACGAGCAGCGUGCGCCGUCGACCGGGUCGGACGAUCAGCCGCUAAUGAAUCAAGUGACGGUUAUUCCAAUAACGGCGGAUAAUGCCGGCGACGAUGCGCAACAGCAAAACCAGUACGUUCCUAUUUCAGAAUACGAGGAGCACGUAGAGUCUGAGCAAUCCGAUCUCGCGGAGAAGACGAACACGGCCGACAACAGCGAGCCGAUCGAUCAGGGACAAGAGACGAGUUUCACGGAGGACGAACAAUUGGACGAGUCGACCGCGUCGGGUAACGAGCUGAAGAAGCUGUCGGCGAACGGCAACUUCGACGAGCAGAGCCACGAGGAGGGAAGCUCCAGCAAGAAGAGGGCCCUCUUGCCGAACGGACCGCAUCCAUCGCUCACCGACGCGCCCGGUCCGAACGGUCCGCUGCUGCACGGCGCGUCCAUGACGGAGCCCCAUCCCAUCAUGAUGAACGAGUACGACGGGCCGAACUUCCGGCCGCGUAUCGGCACACCUUUCCCUCCGUGGCGCGGCGGACCCCCACCCAGCAGAGGGGGUAGAGGGGGGUUCAGAGGUGGACCACCGCCGCGUGGACCGUGGAUGGACAGGGGACCGCCGCGCGGACCCGCAGCCGGCAACUUUUCGCCGAGAGGAUUGAAACGGGGCGGCGGACAGUUCCGGGGCGGCGGUGGUUUCAGAGGCCGGGGACGAGGCAGUAAUUGGUAGAUAAAGCGCAAAAAAAGACUCGACGACUUAUCUGCUUGUCGUAAUCCGAUUGGAAACAUUGCGACACGUGUUUCACAUCUUGUAAAUAAAAGAACUACCACGUUUAGCGUGCAUAUACACGUACACUUACACACACACGCACGCACACAUACGCGCGCGCGCGCAGACACACACACACACACACACACAAUGAAAUCUUCCGUAACGAAGGUUCUUCACACUUCUCUGUGCGAUUCAAUAUCGCCCAUAUAAAUAUAUAAAUAAGAAAAGUUUAGAGAUAUAUAUAUAUAUAUAUAUAUACAUAUAUAUAUACGCAUAUAUAUAUUACAUGUUUCGUUAAGAUGUUAUCGGAGCGGCUUCGCAUUCGUAAACACACGUGUGUGUGUGCACGUAUCGAAUUCUAUAGUGAUUAGGAACGAUGAGUUGGAGCGCGAUACGUUGCUCGCGGUCGCUCCGAUAAUGACCAACCAUCACCAUCCUCGUAGAUUUCCGUGUAAGAAAAAAAAUUAUUGUUUACGUGCGCCAAGGAAGGAUUGUAAUAAUAAAUUCGGUGAACGAAGCGACUCGUGGAGAGCCAUUUCAGCUGUUUAGCGAGCGAGGUGGAACACUCGCAGACAACGACUAUGAAUUCAUCAUGGUUCAUUGAUUGAAACCGGUAUAAUUUUGCUACGUUCAAUCUUCCGUGCUGCAAGUACCACGUAUCUGAUCUCCUCAUGCUUGUUACACACCGAAAAUUGAGUUCGUCAAAGUUGUAUUAGUUUCAAUUUUCAACCGAUAGCGAGAUUAUGUGCUUUCGACUCGAUCGCCGCAAAUCCAUUCCACGGGUCUUGUAUUGUUUCCCUUCCUCAUUCACCUCUGAACACAGAAAUCAUAACCGCUUGUUUUCUCUGCCCUCAGCCUACCUGACUAUUUUCAUUGAAGUUCGUUGAAAGGAAAGGAAAAAUUAAGAAAUAGGGAUGUCAAUGAACUUUUUAAAGUGUAUUAAUAAAAUACAGUGUUUACGUUCUGGUCCGCUUGCUACAUUUUCCUUAUUGUUAUUUCUCGUAUGUAGUGCGUAGAUAAAUGUUUCUUGAUAAAUCAUAAGACGUUCUCGUUUAUUAAAGAAAGAUGAAAACGGCAAUAAAUAAUAAGUCACGGAGAAACAGCUUAGAUCAUCAUUUUCAUUUUGUUCUGUGUUGUGAGAAUCCAUAGAUCAUUUCGUGUGUAAAAUGUUAAAAUUCGAGAGAUAAGCUAUCGAUGUAAGGUGCUCUUGUAAUAGUUACUAUUUUUUUUCUGUAGCCGGAAAAGAAAGUGAAUGUAAAGCGAGUGAAGCUACGACGAAACGAUAUGCUUGCUUCGUUAGGCAUUCACACAGUAUCGUUUAUUCUCUUGCAAUUGUUUGCCCAUUUGGGUCGUGUGUCUUUUUUUUUUUGGCGAAUGGACACUGCAAAUGAAUAAAUCGCGAAUUUCGAUCUCUUAUUUUAGAAAUUCGAUGAAAAGUAAUUAAUUUUAGUUUUAUCGUGUUGAUCGGUGUGUUAAUUUUUCUUUUGUUUCCUCAAGAACUAGUCAAUUUUAUAUUACGUUUUGUCGAAAGCAAGCGAAUCGUUGCGAUGUAUACAUCAAUGAAUGCGCACAGGAAACAAGUGUAGCGAACGCAAAAAAACACCGUGGAAUUCUCUGGUUGUUUAAUAAAAUAAUACCGAGGACCUUUC